AUGACAAAUGAACAAUACAUUGUUAAUAUUAAUGAUAUUAUUAAUGGUGUUGAUAAUAAACAUGAAGAUGAAAUUACUCUCGGAAUUAGCUAUUUUAAUUUAGGUCUCUAUGAUGAUUCUUUUGCGCAAUUUGACUGUAUUUUGGAAAAUACUCCAAAGCAAUACGAUAAGUCUCUAUCAAAUUUUUGUAGAGUGCUAGAAAUUGAUCCAUAUAAUUCUGUCGCAUUAUCUAUUUGCGGCAUGUUUUAUUACCUGUUAAAUCAAUAUUAUAAAGCGUUUUUAAAUUUUAAUAAAGCAUUAUGCGUCAAUUCAUUUGAUAUUACUGCAUUAUUUUAUCGGGGCAAAGCUUAUUUUGAGCUUGGCCAUUAUAAUAAAGCUUUUAUGGAUAUUAAAAAAGUAUUAGAACAGUAUAAUAGAUCUGAAAACUUAUUAGAAAUUCAAUCGAAUCACGUUGAUGCACUGAUCCUUCAUGCAAAAAUAUGUUUUAAUUUAGAAGAAUACGAAAACGCAAUAAUCUAUUUGAGCGAGGCUUUAAAACUUCAACCAAAAAACUCAACUAUAUUAACUCUUCGUGGAGGUUAUCUUAUAAGUGCUUAUAAUGAACUUGACUUUGAAGCAAUGAAAUAUGCCGUAAUUGAUAACUCGGAAAUAAUUAAACUUAAUGAUGUAAUUGCAUACAUGCUUUGUGGAGAAGCCAAAUAA